UGCAAUGCUCUGCUCUGGUGCCUUGCUCAGCUCCAAGCCCAAACCCUGAAGUGACUGUGACUGCUGUGAAAAAAUCCAAAAGAGGCCGCUGUUUUGUCAGUUCCGGAGCUGGUGCCAAGUGCCAACUGCAUCCAUCAAAAAUCCAGUGCCCUUCCAUAAAAAAAAAACAAACAGAGCCCGGUAGCCACACGAAGGUCACACACUCGGAAAGACUAGAGAGUGAGACACCGGGAAUAGAUGGCGAGCGGGGCAGCCAAGGGGGAGACGGUGUUGGUCACCGGCGCCAGUGGCUUCAUCGGCUCGACGCUCGUCCGCUGCCUCCUCGACCGCAGCUACAACGUCCACGCCGGCGUCCUCAACCCCGAUGACAAGGCGGAGACGGACCACCUCCUCGCGCUCGCCGCCGGCGCCGGCGAGGGCCGCCUCCGCAUCUUCCGCUGCGACCUCCUCGACGGCGCGGUGCUCCUCGACGCCGUGCGGGGCUGCUUGGGCGUCUUCCACCUCGCCUCCCCCUGCAUCAUCGACCCCGUCAGCGACCCCCAGAAGCAACUGAUAGUGCCGGCGGUGGAAGGGACGCUGAACGUGCUGCGCGCGGCCAAGGAGGCCGGGGGCGUGCGGCGGGUGGUGGUGACCUCGUCCAAUUCGGCCAUCAUUCCCAGCCCGGGGUGGCCCGCCGGCGAGGUCCCCGACGAGCGCUGCUGGACUGACAUCGACUACUGCGAGAAGAACGGGCUUUGGUACUCUGUUUCGAAGACACUGGCAGAGAAGGUGGCGUGGAAGUUUGCAGAGGAGAACGGACUGGAUGUGGUCGUGGUUAACCCUAGCUGUGUUAUGGGCCCGAUAAUUCCAGCAACCAUCAAUUCUAGCAUGUCCGUCCUUCUACGCCUCCUUCAAGGUUGCACAGAGGAGUACAGGGAUAUCUUUAUGGGCGCAACCCACGUCGAAGACGUCGCCAUGGCUCAUAUCCUGGUGUUCGAGAACCCAUCGGCGUCCGGGAGGCACCUCUGCAUCGAGUCCAUCUCUCACUGGAGCAACUUCGCGGCCAAAGUCGCCGAGCUCUAUCCCAACUACAAAGUGCCCAAGUUCCCCAAGGAUACCCAGCCUGGGCUGGUGAGAGCGGAGGUGGGGUCGAAGAAGCUCAUUGCGCUGGGGCUGCAGAUCAGCCCUCUGGAGAAGAUCAUCCGGGACGCUGUGGAGAGCCUCAAGAGCAGAGGGUACAUCUCGUGAUCGUGGGGUACUGUAAUUUAUCUGUGAUCUUGCUACUGUGGUUUGCAACUAGUGAUAAGGAUGCCAUUAUCAGAUAAUAAAGGUACCGUUGGAACCGUACAGUGUGAAAUUAAGAUCCAAUCAAGUUCAGAAGCAGCUCCUACACGGCUGUAAAUCCAAAUAUGUACAAACCUUGCAUAUUAAUAUAAUUGUUCAGGCUGGCUCCUUGCCUGCUGUAGCCCCCCUAAAAAAAA